AUGGAAGCCUCUCUAUGGCCUCCAACCCCCACCCAGAACACCUCAAUCUUCACAAACCAUCCCCAACGAUGGCCUCCAACCCCCACCCAGAACAUCUCAAUCAUUCCAAACCAUCCCCAACAAUGGCCUCCAACCCCCACCCAGAACACCUCAAUCACCCAGAACCAUCCCCAACAAUGGCCUCCAACCUCCAACCAGAACAUCUCAAUCACACAGAAUCAUCCCCAACGAUCGCCGUCAACCCCAACUCAGAACACAUCCAUCAUCCAGAACCACCCCCAACAAUGGCCUCCAACCCCCACCCAGAACACCUCAAUCACCCAGAACCAUCCCCAACAAUGGCCUCCAACCCCCACCCAGAACACCUCAAUCACCCAGAACCAUCCCCAACAAUGGCCUCCAACCUCCAACCAGAACACCUCAAUCACACAGAAUCAUCCCCAACGAUCGCCUCCAACCCCAACUCAGAACACAUCCAUCAUCCAGAACCGUCCCCAACAAUGGCCUCCAACCCCCACCCAGAACACCUCAAUCACCCAGAACCAUCCCCAACAAUGGCCUCCAACCCCCACCCAGAACACCUCAAUCACCCAGAACCAUCCCCAACAAUGGCCUCCAACCUCCAACCAGAACACCUCAAUCACCCAGAAUCAUCCCCAACGAUCGCCUCCAACCUCAACUCAGAACACAUCCAUCAUCCAGAACCACCCCCAACAAUGGCCUCCAACCCCCACCCAGAACACCUCAAUCACCCAGAAUCAUCCCCAACGAUCGCCUCCAACCCCAACUCAGAACACAUCCAUCAUCCAGAACCAUCCCCAACAAUGGCCUCCAACCCCCACCCAGAACACCUCAAUCACCCAGAACCACCCCCAACAAUGGCCUCCAACCCCCACCCAGAACACCUCAAUCAUCCAGAACUCCUCUGUCUGUGGUGGUCGCUCGUCAUUCUGUCCUCUAGGAGUGUCAGGUGACCCCAGGGUGUUGUCAGUAUAA